GCCGAAUCCGCGAGGAAUUGGCUUGGCAAUUUACUGCUGGCGGACAAUAAUAAUUAAUAUGUUUCGCCUGGGCCUUCCUGUUGUCGAAUCAACUCGAAUUGCACAACUCAUCAAUUCCUUCAUUCUCUUCCCGCCUGUUCCUGCGUGGGCCAAAGAUGCCUCCAAAGCUGCCGCGAGAGGCUCUGUGCCUCAGCCAGCGUGGAUGGGUUGCCCAGUUUUUUGUCAAUAUCACCAGCAAGCGACAAUUUGGCAUCAGAUCUCUCAAUCCGCCCAAGGCGAAUCCCUACAAUGCUAGACCCGGUCUACCCCUCCUAAAAUCUACGCCAGCUGCUGCUUUGGAACGCAAAAUGAGAGCCGAUACGCUUCCACACCGGACAGGAGCGCUGGCAGUCAAGAAAGGCAUGACGGCCAUCUACGAUCCCGAAACAGGAGAACGCAUCCCAUGUACCGUCCUCCAGCUAGACCGAGUACAAGUCAUCGCACACAAGACCAUUGAAAAACACGGAUAUUUCGCAGUCCAAGUUGGAUCUGGCUGGAAAUCUCAUCAACGAAUGAACAAAGCGCUCGUUGGCCAUUUUUCGGCAAACGGUGUGUCCCCGAAGAGAUAUGUCCAUGAGUUUCGUGUGAAGGACAGCGCAGGGCUUUUAGAAAUCGGGCGAGAGAUUAAUGCAGACUGGUUUCAAGAAGGUCAAUUCGUUGACGCGCGCUCAAAUACUAAGGGAAAGGGCUUUGCUGGUGUGAUGAAGAGACAUGGGUUUCACGGACAAGAUCGUAGUCAUGGUGUUAGUUUGACUCACCGUUCUAUGGGUUCUGCAGGCCCUAGCCAAGGAGGUGGUUCUAGGGUCUAUCCUGGAAAGAAAAUGGCUGGAAACAUGGGAAACAAGCAGAACACGCUGCAAAAUCUGAAAGUCCUGAAGGUCGAUAAUGAAAACGGGCUUGUAGUUGUUAAUGGUUCUGUCAGCGGACCUAAGGGCUGUAUCGUCAAAAUUCAAGAUGCGCUCAAGAAACCAUGGCCAACAGUUGAGCUGCCAUCCCCCCUAGACGCAGCAUCUCAACCGUCUCAAUAGUUAAAAUUUCAUGUAUUUAUACGAAUGUACUAUAAUAAAU